GAUAGGGGACGUAACUCUGAAUCUAUUUCCCGUCAAGUAGGGAGCGCCAAAACAAAUCAGCGGCACAUGUGAUAUAUUUUGUUUAUAAACUAUGGAGGACGGCCGCAGUACUGCAUACAGCAUCCCCUGUCACGAUGUGGUUCAGUGUGUGGAAUUCUCACCCUUCGAGUGGAGCUCGCAGUUACUAGCCGUCGCCACUUCAACUCGAAUUUCAAUCUUCACUUGUCGAUUUCAGGAGGAGGAUGCGACCGUGGAUGGAGUUCAGUACUCUCAGAUCCAUGACUUCCAAUCAUCUACCAACACCACAGCGCUCGCCUGGAGCCCUUCCACUUCCCUCAGUAUCCUGCCCAAGAACAUCAGUUUUGUGUGUGCCGGGGAAGACUACAAGUUGAAUCUUUUCCACUCUGAUGGCAAAGAUAACACCACAGAGCAGACAUAUUGUGGUCAUAAUGACUUUGUCAAUGCUGUGACCUUUGACCCUGGGGAUGGGUCAAAGUUUGCCAGUACCAGUGAUGACCUGACAUGCCGAAUAUGGUCAACAGAGGGUCAACAGUUGCUGGUGUUCCAGCUGACGUCGCCGGGCAUGAGUGUGUGCUGGCACUCCGAGGAGCCGCUCAAGAUUUUAGUUGGACAGAAGAAUGGAGUGAUUCGGAUUUUCAGUCUAACGAACCAGCAACCAAUCAUGAGUCUAAGUUGUGGUCAGGUGCCCUCGCUGGCUGCCGAUUGGUCAAGACACAGCAGUCUUCAGGUGGGGGCCAUUGCAGGGACAGACUGGCUCAUCUUUGAUACAUCAGUCUCCAGUCAACCCAUUGAGAAGCGCCAGGCUCACAUAGAGGGAACAAAGUACUUCAAGUUUGCUCGAUGUCACCAGAGUCUCCUAGCAACCAUUGGUCGUCCUGGGCGACAAGUCAAAGUCUUCAACACUCGACAUCAACAGCUCCAUGUGAACGCCAGCCUGCAGGUGGCAUACGGCCUGACCUGGCACCACACCCUGCCUAUCAUCGCCGUCGGGGGGGACAAGAAGGUGCAUCUGUGGGUAGUGGAGUCUGCAUGAGGCCGUGACACACCAUACACACAGACAGUACGAUCACCAGGGUGACAGGGGGAUGCAGCUUUAUCAGGCGGAUGCAAGUUACAUCCAUACCCAUACUGAUCGGGGAAUCUCUCUUGUGGCAUCCUGUGACAGAAGCAGGGGUUGACACGAGUGACUGAUCCACGGCUCAUUUCAGAAUGGUGUUGACAUGAUUCGAUUUGGAAGAAAACAUGUUGUCAUUCCAGAUUGUCACCCGUCUCUGGACAACAUGCUGAAGGUCAUGUCGGACUCUGACAGGGACUCUGUUGAGCCUCGACUCUCUGUGGACAGGCUUAGGACAUCUUCCCGAGACAUGGAAGUUAACUGACUUGAAGUCAAGUUUCCACCCUUGCUGAACAAGGCUGGAACUUCUGGGCUCGAUCAAUGAGUAGUGUCCCUUCUAUGUUCCCCAUACUGACCAAAGAUUGCUUUAUGCACCCAGUCAAGAAGAUCUUAUCAAUAAUAAAUAUCCUUAUUGUAUUGAAACAGGUUUUACCUUGUGAAGUGCAUCACCUGAGCACCUCGAUUAAAAACAAGAAAAGAUCUGACGCCCAACUGACAGUAUACAUGCUCUGCUAAUUCUGCAAUUGAAUUAAUUCAGCAUAGCAGUUGCCUGGAGUCAAUAUCACAACUUGAUUUUGAUUGGACUAUGCAUAGACUCGCUCGUCCAGACAAAUUAUUCCAGCCUAGUUUGGAAAGGGUAGAAACUUGACUUUUAAACUCCCUUGCCUUGGGAAGAUGGGCUUGGGAGGAUUUUAUGUAUUGUGCCCCAUUCUCAUAACAGGCAACUGAGUAAUCCUGAAUAUUGUAUAAGAAGCUCCUCCCUCUGAUGUCACCUACGUUGUAUAUAGCUGGAAUAAAGUUGGAUUCUUA